CUCACACACACCCCUGAGUCUCUUUGUUGUUGUUCCUGCAGCUGCUGCUCGGCUGCUUUUCCUCUUCCCUCCUCUCGUCUCCCAUGUGCUGGAAAUAACGGGGGAGAAAAUUAAAAUAACAAAUCAGAAAUAGAGGAGGGAGCGCGCGGGACGGAGGUGUUCGUGGAGACGGAGGAAAGAGCGGAUGCGCGAGCGGGCGGAGGGGCGCGAGGCGAGGCGCGUGCCGGCUCCGGGGACGGCGGAGCGAAAGUGGCAUUAAAGAAAAGGGGGAGAAGAUCCGAGGGGAGCGUGCUCGGGAGCGUGCACGGGAGCGCGCUCGGGACGGCACCGCGCUCGGGGACCGGGGGAUGCUGCUGCUGCUGCCCGCAUCCUCCCUGUGGGGCGAAACGCGGCGAUCGGCGUCACGUAGAAAAUAAAAACCCGGCGGAAAGAAAGAAAGCGCGCGGCGAGUGGAUUAUCCACGCGACACACAGCAGCUGCUUUUCACUGAAUUCACUGUAACUGUUAUUCUUAUUGUUGUUCGUCUCUAACUGCGGACUCGGACUCGCGACCACCCGCCUCGCACAGCCCUGUAUGCGCUCGCGCCACGCUCGUCUGACGUCGGAACAAAGGAGCCGGUGAGCGGCGGCUGCCGGAGGAACACGGCCUGCCUGCCUGCACGCGCCGCCCGCGCGCCACAGCUCGCUUCACCAUCCAUGGCGGGAGGCUCGCGCCCCGCGCCAUGCGUCGGACCCCUGGCCGCGCGGCACGCUUUGCUGCUCUGCCUACUCGCGACCGCCUCGCUGCCCGGGGUCCGAGCAUCUUACCCCCAGGGCAGCGAGUGCCAGACGGGCAAGGGGAAGGGCUGCACAGACGUAUCCGAGAAGAAAAGCGACCUGCGAGUCUGCGACGACUCUACGUGUCGGUACGGAGGCAGCUGUCGAGACGAUGGAGCCGACCUGAAGUGCGUGUGCCAUUUUCAGUGCCACAAGGACUACAUCCCCGUGUGCGGGUCCAACGGGGACACCUACCAAAAUGAAUGCUACCUGAGGCAGGCCGCCUGUAAGCAGCAGAGGCACAUCUCGCUGGUGUCGGAUGGACCCUGCUACCCGGAUAAUGGAUCCGGGUCUGGAGAAGGAGAGAUGGACGGCUCGGGUACGGACGCGGGUCGCAAGUUCACCAAGUGCGGCACCUGCAAGUACGGCGCCGAGUGCGACGAAGACUCGGAGGACGUGUGGUGCAUCUGCAACAUCGACUGCAGCGGACACAACGAGAACCCCGUGUGCGCCACGGACGGCAACUCCUACAACAACCCGUGCCUGGUGCGGGAGGCUUCCUGCAUGAAACAGGAGCAGAUCGACGUCAAACACCUGGGGAGGUGCCCAGAUAAAGACAAGUUUGGGAAGAAGGACGAGGGGAAUCCAUACAAGCCCGAUCUUUCAGAAACCUCUGACCAGGGCGACGGCGUCUACGGCGGCUUUCCCAUGCCCUGCACAGACAACUACGCCGGCUUCUGCGUGCACGGAAAGUGCGAGAUCAAGUACAACAUAGCCAGCUGCCGCUGUGACUCCGGGUACAAGGGACCGCAGUGUGACGAGACCCAGGACUUCAACAUCCUCUACGUGGUGCCCAGCGGGCAGAAGCUCCACUACGUCCUGAUCGCCGCCAUCAUCGGAGCCGUGCAGAUUGCCAUCAUCGUCGCCGUGGUGAUGUGCAUCACAAGAAAAUGCCCAAAAAACAACAGGGGCCGUCGGCAAAAGCAGAACCUCGGACACUUUGCAUCAGAUACUUCCUCCAGGAUGGUAUAGCUUGUGCUUUUUAUACCUUUUUUCUUACCAUGGGGAAUACAUUUUUAAUGAGUUCUUUUGCGUUUUUUUUUUCUUGAAAACAAAAAAAAAAAAAGAAGAAUGAAGAUAUUUAUUUCAGGGGCCUUAUGUUUUUCGUUUCAUUUCUGGACGUUGGGAGUGCUUGCCAUCGAAAGGCACAGGAUUGUUUUUAACAGCUACAGACUGUUCAGAAGAAACGUUCUGCUUUUAUUUUCUUUUCCGCGGUUUCUUUUCGAUGCCUCGUUGAAGAUGGUCGGAGAUAGCCGUGGCAUUCCGUUUGUUCCUAUGGUAAUGUCACAGACUUCUGCUUCAUGGAAUGUACUAUUUAUUGGGAAAGAUAAUUCUCAGCAACUUCACCAUAUUCUCUCUUUUUUUCUUUUCUUUUCUUUUUUUUUUUUGCAAUUGAUGUGCAGCUGAACACCAAAUGCAGUUUUAAAUGGAUAAGACAUUAGCCAGCGAGGUUGACGUUUACAGUUAUUCUUUAAUAUGUAAUCCAAUGAAUAGAACACACUGUGUUUAACUAGGUAACUUU